AUGCAGCCAACACAACGCCUUCUCAUGAAGGGUGUCUUCCGCAAGUUCCGGUUGACGACCAAGGACGCCAACAAGGGCUUCUACAAGGGAACGGGUACUGGAUCGAUGGGUCGGCACACAAAGUACGGAGGCUAUAUUGUCGAGUUUGACAAGGUCAGGACGUACGUCGUGCCAAAGAACCUGGACGAGUUCAAGCUUUCCCCCUUCGUCACCAAGAAGAUGAGUCCCACCUUCGGUUUCGGCUCUUACCAGGGACAAGGACUGGCGGGCCCCAAGAGCCCUGAGCUUUACCUGAGCAGGUGGAAGGCCGAGAACGGCUUUGACUGA